UUCCGAGAAAUGUUUUUUUUAUUUUAUUUUUUUCAUUUAAGAAUUUGCGUUCUUCGCGUUAAAAUUGUGACAUAUUAUAAUGUCAACCAAAACAUGUAGUUAUGUUUAAGUGACAAAUGGGACUGAACGUCUACGGUCUCUAUUGACCAUGUCUUCUGAAAAUCUGGAAAUCGUACACGAAGGAUGGUUGACAAAAUCACCUCCUGCAAAGAGAGUCUUGAAAGCAGUCAGUGUAAAAUUGAAGUGGCGUAGAAGAUGGUUUGUGUUACGCCAUUCUGGUGAAUUACCAGGUCAAUAUUUCCUUGCUUAUUAUACAGAUAAAAGUCGCAGAAAGAUGAAGGGUCGAAUAGAUUUAGAUCAAUGUGAACAAGUUGAUGCCGGAUUAAGAUUUGAAGAUCGCAAAUCAAAAUAUCAUUAUAUGUUUGAUAUAAAAACACCAAAAAGAACAUAUUAUUUGGCAGCAGAAUCAGAAGAAGAUAUGAAUAAAUGGGUUGAUUUUGUAUGUCAUGUUUGUGGCCUUAAACCAUUCACAGUUGAUGAAAAUGCUGAUUUUGAAUGUCCAUCUGUCAAUAAUAUGUGUAGACCGUUUCCUCUUAGUGUCGAAGAACAUGAUGAAGAACAUUCAUCUCCAGAUUCACCAACAAGCACAUCUUCUAGCCAUUACAUACCUAUAAGUGAAUGCAUAUCUGGAAAGCCAUUACUUCCAAUUCUUCCUCGUUCAACUAUAGAAGAGUCUUAUGAUUUACCUCGACGUAUAAGACCUCCGCCACGUCUUUCAGAAUCACCUCCACCAAGUCCUGGUUCAGAAUCAGUUUUUACUGAUGAUGAAUCAAUAAAUGGUAGCACAAUGAGUCGGCCAUCUGUCAAUUGGCAAACGUUCCCUCGUUUAUCUCAAAACUCACCAGACUUGCCAGUUGCAGCCAAUAGAAGGUUUACCAAAAUAUUACCAGAAGGAUGUUUAACAGCACCUCCAAGGCCACCAAAACCAUCCCACCUGAUAGAAACUUCAACAAAAACUGAUAAAAUAGUUGAACCUUUAACAGGGGAUGAAACUUAUGACUUUCCAAGGUCCCAUCAAAUGACACCACCUCAAGCACAGCCCAGGACACAUCGUAGACAUUGUUAUUCAAAUGCUGCCCCAGGUCAAGUUUCUGGUAAUAUUUUCACUUAUGAUUUUGUGGAAGACUGUGGACCAAAAGUUGAAGAAGGUAAGACUGUGGAAUUAGAGUCUCCGAGUUUUAUCAAUUCACCUUCUGCAAUUGCCAACGUAAGUUCCGCUUCAUUAGAACAAACCCCUCCUGCUGUUAAUCGUCAGUUAAAGCCAGGCAGAAAGUUUUCGGAUACUUCUGCUGAACUCUCACCAUUGACUCCAUUAGCUAAUCCACCAAUUGUAAACCGAAGGCUAAAACCUACUCAAAUUAAAAAAAACCAAGAUUCCUUUUAUGAUACGACUAGUACUCUAAGAUUAUGUCCACCACCAAUGGGUAGUUUGAGCCGUCAAAAAUCUCGUAUAGGACCCAAUGUUGUUCCUACAAGUUUUGAACCUCGAAUCCAUAGGCGGCAUUCAGCAUCUGAUGAUCGACUAGCUUCAGAUAAAGUAUCCUCAUAUCAAAUCAACAAGAUUUCAUCAAACUCACGAUAUCUAGCUGAAGCAAGUCGUUUCAAUGAUAUUCAAUAUUUAGAUCUAGAAUUUGAAUCUUGUGACAAACAAUAUACAGUAGGCAAUAGAACAAAUGCAAAAUCAACUACCAAGAAAAAACAAUGUAAUGUAGGCAGUCAAUUCACUUUGGUAAUGCAUGACUAUUCCAUGAUUGAUGGUGCAUAUCCAUACAAAACUGUAGAUUUUUUGAAAACUGCUGCUUUGUCAAUGACUAGGAAACGUGCUGAGCAAGAACGACGAUUUGGUAGACAAAACAUGGUAAAUUAAAUGUUUUUAGGGUGCUUGAUUAUGAUCAUAAAAUGCUUAACUUGUCACAUAUUUUAAAGUAAGUUUAAGCAAUAAUUGAGAGACUAUUGGCUCUUGACAUUUACAUAUCUUAGAUCAAUUAGAGCUUUCAUUUAUAGUUCUUAUAAAACUCAGGGCUUUCAUGUUCAAACUAUACGAAAUUAUAUUCAUACAUUAAUAUUUAUAAUAUGUUAAAUUAUUUACUAUAAUUUAUAAAUAAUCCAUAAAUACUUAUUAAAAACCAAUAUUUUUUCCAUUUUUCUAUACCAUUUAAAAUGUUCAGGACAUACAAUUUUAGUUCAUAUUAAAUAGUUCUAAAGUGCAUAUCAUCAUUAAUUAUUAUAAAUUACCUAUUCAAUCUAAGAACAGAAAACUAAUUUACACAAGGAACAUAGAACGUUAUAUAAACAAAAUAAAGUGUCUCUAUACUCAAUAAAUUAUUAUCUUGUUAAUUUAUCAUCUAAUACUUAAACCUUGGAGUAUCUUAAAAGAGAAAUAUUGUCAAUUAAUUAAUGUACAAAUGAUAAUCAAAAUUUAAUAUAACUGGGUAUUUUUUUAUUAGAUAAUAAAAUCAAUUUAACAGUUCUUGAAAGUAUGCACAAUGCACAUUAAACAAGUUGCUACAGAAAUUACAAAUUGUCAGUACUUUAUGAAUAAACAUAUCUCUAUGAACUGGUUCAUUUACAUGUUUGUGAUAAACAAUAAUAUUAGGUA